GGCGGGGUCUCCGUGGGUCCCGUCUCCGGAGGCCCAGAUGGAGAAGGCGAUUGGGGUGACGCGAGGGGCGGAGUUUGUGGAGGAAGAUGGCGGCCGCCCGUGGGUUAUCGCUAAUGGCCGUGGCGCUGAGGGUGGUCACUCCCUGGGCAAGGGGCAGGCUCCUCGCGGCCUCUCGCGGACCUCAGGCUCGUCGGGAAGCGUCGUCCUCCAGCUCCGAGGCCGGAGAAGGACAGAUCCACCUGACCGACAGCUGCGUCCAGAGGCUUCUGGAAAUCACCGAAGGGUCAGAAUUCCUCAGGCUGGAGGUGGAGGGAGGCGGAUGCUCCGGAUUCCAAUACAAAUUUUCACUGGAUACAGUUAUCAAUCCCGACGACAGGGUAUUUGAACAGGGUGGGGCAAGAGUGGUGGUUGACUCUGAUAGCUUGGCCUUCGUGAAAGGGGCCCAGGUGGACUUCAGCCAAGAACUGAUCCGCAGCUCAUUUCAAGUAUUGAACAAUCCUCAAGCGCAGCAAGGCUGCUCCUGUGGCUCAUCCUUCUCUGUCAAACUUUGAUGCGACGGCAGGUGACCCAGAGAUUGCUUCCACUUGCACCAAUUUGAGGAGCCGGGCAGUAGUAGAAUUCUAGAGGUUUCCUUCCAAGCAUCGUUCUCUCCAUUGUUUUUUUCCCUUCAGUCUAGGAGUGUUGUGUUUGCCACUGUUAUUUUCAGAACGUGAAGCUUUUACUCUUGAUUUAAUUUCACUUACACAGUUCUGAGGCCAAGCGUCUAGAUGCGAUGAUCUAAGCUCUGCUAACUUGUUGAAACCCACCCUGUGUAAUCUGUAGAGCCUUCAAAGUUCCAGAGUUUCGAGUUACUUCUCUGGCCUUCAGAGCUGCUUGUACAUAUGCGUAUAGCUAUGUAUAAAAGCUUUAUUUUGAAGGAAGUCCUUAUUGUGUUCUGGAUCAGGGUCACAGAUUGGGGACCUUAACUCUGGUUACCAGGCUAGAGAGGAUGAGAAAGGCAGUGUUCUCUUUUUUCAUCUCACCCUUCCUGAAUGUGUUACUAGACAUCCGUCUUUUUCUUUUCUUUUCUUUUCUUUUCUUUUCUUUUCUUUUCUUUUCUUUUCUUUUCUUUUCUUUUCGGCAUCCUUAUUUUCUAUGCAGCUCAUUCUCCACUUUCCGUUUGUUAGGGUAAAUCCUUUUUUCUUUCUUACUCCUCAUUCUGCUAAAUUUACAAAACCAGUAGCUCACCCAGAAAACUUGGAUCGAACCCCCGCUGAUAACCUGAAUCAUUUGGAAAGUAGGCCCCAUACUCCAUACUCACAGAGACAUUUCAAGAUUCUGUGAUCAUUCAGUGACUGAUAUGUUGCUUCACUUAUUGUGUAAAAUGUCUUUUGUCUCGUGCAUAGCAGGACGUGGUUUUUGUGUUGGUAUGGAUAUGGAUAGUUAGGGAUUACCAGAUAAAAUGUAAGAUGCCCAGUUAAAUUUGAAUUUCAAAAUACACAUAAUUUUUAGUAUAAGUGUGCCCCAAAUAUUUCGUGAAACAUACUAAAAAUUAUGUGUGGUUUAUUUGAAAUUCAAAGUUAACUGGGCACUGUGGUUUUUUUUUUUUUUUUAAGUUUAUUUAUUUUGAGAGAGAGAGAGUGAGUGGGGGAGGGGGAGGGGCAGAGAGAGAGAGAGAGAGAGGAAGAGAGAAUUUCAAGGAGGCUCCACACACAUUGCAGAGCCCAGUGUGGGGCUCGAACUCACAAACUGUGAGAUCAUGACCUAAGCCAAAACCAAGAGUUGGAUGCUUAGUCGACUGAGCCACCCAGGCGUCAGGGACAUUGUAUAUUUCUGUUUGUUAAACCUGGCAGCUUUAUUUUAGGGUCACUGAAAGAAAAGCUUUUUUUUUUUUUUUAAAGUUUUAUUUAUUUAUUUUGAGAGAAAGAGUGUGAGUUGGGGAGGGGAGAGAGGGGGAGAGAGAGAAUCCCAAGCAGGCUCUGUGCUGACAGCUGCAUCUCAUGAACCAUGAGAUCAUGACCUGAGCUGAAAUCAAGAGUCUGGUGCUUAACCGAACGAAUGAGCCACCCAGGCGCCCCAAGGAAAGCUUUUUAAGCCAAAAUUCCGAUGAAUUUUAAAGUACUUGUUUGGGUAUGGCACUUAAUUAGUCUACAGAUCUAGAAAUAGUUGUGGCAUGUGUGUGACAGGGCUGGGGGAGCUGGAACUGUAUGGACAACUAAAAAAAGAAAUACCACUAUCAUAACAAAUGAUUUAUUAAUGCUCAUGUCGGGAAAACCACAACCAAAUUGAUUAUGGAAGAAUUACUGGUUAAACCCUUGUUUUCCUCAAGAGCCUUAAAGUUUGUUACGGCAAAACUUGCAUUUCUGGACUGGAUUGGAAUUAAGGUCAUUCAUUAAAAGAAUUUACCAUUAAAAAGGGAAAUGCAGAGUUUAGAGAAAAGUAUCUGGGACAGAAGCUUAGGUACUUAUAUUUUCAAUGUGGGAAAACCUAGAAUUUGGAGAAAGCAAGCCUAUUGUGAGUACAAAGAGGAAACAAAGGGAGGCUCAGAUACCUGAGCUUUCUUGGCAGUUUUCCAUGGAAGGAGGCAGAGAGCAGCAUACCAUAGGGGCAUCUGUGUGGCUUUACUUAGAUACCUAAAGAUGCAUCAGUACCUGGGCCUGAUAAGAUCUUCAGCUCAGACUAAGUUUUUUCAUCCUUGUUAAAAAGAGAUUUCGCUACAUUUUAUGUAUUAGAACCUGUUUAAAGAGUGCACUUUAUUGUUGUUUAUUUUUUGAAGGAAGCCCUGUACCCAACAUGGGCCUUGAACUCAUGACCCUGAGAUCAAGAGUUGCAUGUUACACUGACUGAGCCAGCCAGGUGCUCCAUGAUUUGGUGAUUUUAAAACUCAUGCCGAUCACAUGCAAGGUAGCUUUAGCUGCUAAAUAAAUCAUUAAAUUGCAGUAGUCAGACAGGAACCGAAUCUUUGAAUGCCUUUAUGGAAGUACUUGCUGUUAAUGGGAGAUUUGGACUUCUGUGUUUUAGAAAGGGUGGGUUUGGGAGAAAUCACCUUACUUUAUUACACUGAGAAAGCCUCAGGGGAAAAUCUGAAGUGAUAACAAGAAGCCUCCAUUGGAGUAGGAUGACGUAGAAAUUUUAAAAGCACGGGGCAUAGAGAAAUGAUAGCAUCAAGGGGACGGUGGGCAGUUGGCUUGGAACAAAUAGUAAGUAUAGUAAAAUGGGUUUAGGGUCUUUUGCAGGCCCUUUUUGACCAGAUGCCCUCUUUCUGGCAAGCAGUAAACACCAGCAGGUGUUUUCACAAAUUUUGCUCACUGUGCAAAUUCAUUUACGAAAACUUGACACUCCUCUAGUAUCCAUUGGGAGACUUUUUUUUUUUUUUUUGCUUCCCCAUUACUUUCAAGGGGAAAGACCCUAUUUGUUGCAGAAUUGGUUUUAUUUAUGCAAAGUUAGAGAGUGUCUGGGGCAGCAUGUCCCCCCUUUGCUUUAGCAAGAACCAAAGACAAGGGAGCCCUGCGCCUGCUUCAUGUUGUGAAUCUGCUCUACGGUGUUCGCUCAAAAGAGGGGGGUCUCUGGGUCAACAUCCAGAUCUUACCUUGUGGAAUCAUACACUUCAGUUCCAUGACUGAUAGUGACUGGUGGUAUGUACACUGUAGGUGUCCCACCCACCCUUCGUUUGUGUGGGAAUGUUGACUGAUUACAAGGGAUUAGGAGAAAACAGGUUUAGAAGUAAAGGGAUUAGAAGUAGGUGUCCAAGAACUUUCUAACUUCUCUUCUUAAGAAUUGAAACCCGUUCUUUCGGACUUCUGUUACAAAGCCUCAAAUGGAGGGCUGACAUGUGGUAGGAGCAUCCUGUAUUGAGAAGUGGGCAGCACCGAUCAUCUGGCGUAGCCCUCCCGUCAGUGCUGGCCAGGAGUGGGUCUCGUGCCGCUGGUAGUGGACGGGACCUGACACUGUCCAGUGCAACAUUAAUUACGGUUUUGCAUGUGUGUCUCAAAGGCAGGAAACUCCUCUACUUUCUGGGUAUCUAGCAUUGGUGUUUAUGGUUGCUCUUUCAGAAUCCCUGUUUUCCAUUUCUCCACAGAAAUGCUGCAGGGCUGUUUAAAGGAAGUUUGCUUUAAGAAGUUUUGCAAUAAUUGCGGGGCUUUAAUUGUCAGAUAAAGACAUAAAGGAGGGAGCAUUUAAGUGGUCUGUGGCCAGCAGCUGUAUUUAAAAAUAUUUUAUUUUUUUGAAAAGGUAAUACACACGGUACAAAAUUCAAAAAGACACAAAAGGGGAUACAGUGAAAAGUCCCAAUCCUGUACCCAUGUACCCUGUCACCCUCCCCACAAACCACUGUUGUUUCUAAGAAUUUACCCUACAGGUAUGAUCCAUAGAUAUAAUGUGAAAUAACAUACAAGAAUAUUCAUUACAGCAUUACUUAUAAAUAGCAAGAGAUAGGAAACAAUGGAAACAUCUGUCAAUAGGAGACUGAUUACAAAUUAUGAUUGAUCCAUUCAGUGGAAUAGCAUACAAUUACAAUAUAGAACGAGACAACUCUUUAUGUGAAAAUACGGAUUAAGUGAAAAAAGCAAAGUGCAGAACAGCAUGCAUAGAGUGGUCUUUGUGUUUUGAUACAAAGAAAUCCGUGUAUGUGCGUGAAGUUUUUCUGGAAGGGUGAGCAGGAAGGCGAGGGUUGAGAGGAGGCACAGCGCCAGCAGGUGUAUUGAAGAGUGGUAAGAAGUUCUCUGAACCGUGGGGCGUAAGGAGAGUGGCGAGGGUGAGGUCAGCAGAUACCCAGCUGUCUUCCCCCUUUCUUUAGAUAAAUAGCAGCAUAUAUUACACUUUGUUAUAUGACCUUCUUUCCCCCCUUUGUCUGGUUUGGAUUUCUUAUCAAGACAUUUAGAGCCACUUUUUUUUUUUUUCCUCCUUUUUUAGGCCUCCGUUUCAACUAAUAGUUUCUAAUCUUUUACUGUUACAAGUAAUGCUAUAAUAAAUAACCUCUGACGUGUGUCGUUUCA